UCUCCCGGAUAAGGCUAAGCGGAGAAGGGGCCAGGCAGAGAAAGCCGAGCGACGAGCUCAGCUGAUGCAACCUGGCGGGACUCUCGUGACAGUUCCCGGCACGCGGCCGCGGAAGCGACGAAGGAAAAGACGCGGGUGCCUGCCGAGCGCGGGAAGCAGGGGUGACGGAGCCAUGGGGGACGCUCCAAGUCCUGAAGAAAAGCUGCAUCUGAUCACCCGGAACUUGCAGGAGGUUCUGGGGGAAGAGAAGCUGAAGGAGAUACUGAAGGAGCGAGAACUUAAAGUUUAUUGGGGAACAGCAACGACAGGCAAGCCACAUGUAGCUUAUUUUGUGCCCAUGUCAAAGAUUGCUGACUUCUUAAAGGCAGGAUGUGAGGUAACGAUUCUGUUUGCGGACCUUCACGCAUACCUGGAUAACAUGAAAGCCCCAUGGGAACUUCUAGAACUCCGAACUGGUUACUAUGAGAAUGUGAUCAAGGCAAUGCUGGAGAGCAUUGGCGUGCCCUUGGAGAAGCUCAAGUUUGUCAAAGGCACUGAUUACCAACUCAGCAAAGAGUACACAUUGGAUGUGUACAGACUGUCCUCUGUGGUCACACAGCAUGAUGCCAAGAAAGCUGGAGCUGAGGUCGUAAAGCAGGUGGAGCAUCCUUUGCUGAGUGGUCUGUUGUACCCUGGACUGCAGGCUUUGGAUGAAGAGUAUUUAAAAGUAGAUGCUCAAUUUGGAGGUGUUGAUCAGAGAAAAAUUUUCACCUUUGCAGAAAAGUACCUCCCUGCACUUGGCUACUCAAAACGAGUUCAUCUAAUGAAUCCAAUGGUCCCUGGAUUAACUGGGAGUAAAAUGAGUUCUUCAGAAGAGGAAUCCAAGAUUGAUCUCCUUGAUCGGAAGGAGGAUGUCAAGAAAAAAUUGAAGAAAGCCUUCUGUGAACCAGGCAACGUAGAGAACAACGGUGUUCUGUCCUUCAUCAAGCACGUGCUCUUCCCCCUCAAGUCAGAGUUUGUGAUCCUUCGAGAUGAGAAAUGGGGUGGAAACAAAACCUAUACUGCUUACCUGGAUCUGGAAAAGGACUUUGCUGAUGAGGUCGUACACCCUGGAGACCUAAAGAAUUCAGUUGAAGUCGCCCUGAACAAGUUGCUAGAUCCCAUUCGGGAGAAGUUUAAUACCCCUGCCCUGAAGAAGUUGGCCAGUGCUGCCUACCCUGAUCCCUCAAAGCAGAAGGCCAUUGCCAAAGGCCCUGCCAAGAAUUCAGAACCAGAGGAAGUUAUCCCAUCCCGGCUGGAUAUCCGCGUGGGGAAAAUCAUCAGUGUAGAGAAGCACCCAGAUGCAGACAGCCUGUAUGUGGAGAAGAUUGAUGUGGGGGAAGCUGAACCACGGACUGUGGUGAGCGGCCUGGUACAAUUUGUGCCCAAGGAGGAACUACAGAACAGGCUUGUGGUGGUGCUGUGCAACCUGAAACCCCAGAAGAUGAGAGGAGUUGAGUCCCAAGGCAUGCUUCUGUGUGCCUCCAUAGAAGGGGAAAGCCGCCAGGUUGAACCUCUGGACCCUCCUGCAGGCUCUGCUCCUGGUGAGCGAGUGUUUGUUAAGGGCUAUGAGAAGGGCCAACCAGAUGAAGAACUUAAGCCCAAGAAGAAAGUUUUCGAAAAGUUACAGAUUGACUUUAAGAUUUCUGAUGAGUGCAUUGCACAGUGGAAGCAAACCAACUUCAUGACCAAGCUGGGAAACAUUUCCUGUAAAACACUGAAAGGAGGGAAUAUCAGCUAGCCAGCCCAGCAUCUUCCCUACUUCCACCGUCCUGAGUCUUCUGCUGUCUCAAGUUUGUUCCAUUUGUCACCUGUUUGCCCAUCUCUAAGGACAUUGAAGCAGCAGGUCUUGGACUCUUUCUUAAGUGCAAAACUGGGUAAGGGGCAGCAUACCUCCCCAGAAUCUGGACUCAUCCCAUCUGGUACAGUGAGACUGAAACAACCCCCUGCCCCUGGGUGGUAAGUGGGGCUAGGCAGCGGUAGGGAACCCAGUUUUACCAGCUUCCUUUGGCAGCUGACUCAAGAAUUCUGGUUUCAAUAUAACUCAGAAAAAGUUUAUGCCACAAUCCUUGUAAUUGGAAAAACAUUGGUUCCCAGGUUUUUUGGAGUUAUCCCAGCAGCUGUGCCUCUAGCUGGAAUCUGGUGCCUGGACUGGGCUAAUUACAGUUUCUUCCCCAACAGGAAAUUGUGGGAUUUGAAAAGCAAAGAGAAGGGAAAAUAGAGAACCUAGUGGUCUAUCAAGUGGUUGGCAGCUUUCACACUGCCUGCCUACUCUGGGGCUUGGUGUUGGUGGGAGACAGGGCCUGCCCCAGGGCUCCUGGAAUUCCUCUUGAUCCAGCCAGACUGAGACACUCCCUAAACCAGCUGUGUUGUUAGUUAGCAUGGAUGGCAUGGCGUGUGUCUUCAGAGAGAGUGAGGUCAUUUCUCUAUAAGGCGAGAAAAUCGAAUCACUAAUCAUCACUGUCAAAUUCAAAUAAAAUGGUCUGAACAUGUA